AUGUUUUAGGAUCCAGAAGAGAAAGAUAUGAUAGGCGAUCUUCUUAAUGGUAUUUCAAAUCCUCAUGCUCUUUUAGAUAGUUUUGAAGCAGAGAAAACAAAAAAAUCAUAUUCUAACAAUAGACCCCCUGCAUUGGAAAUUAAAUAAUACCAAAAGGCCUCACCUGUUUAUCAACCCAAGGUCUAUUCACCUUAGGUUUAACAUAAAGCAAAUUCUUACGAUUUGGAUUUACGACUAACAAAAAUACCUGUUUAGCAAAGUGCUCCUAAUUCAGCCUUAAAAGCCAAAUCAUAUGAGUGCAUGACAUAAUUUAUUCCAGAAGAAGAAACAAGUCUAGAAGGAGAUUUAAUAUCUAAAUGCAAGGAUUAAAAUGGUGCCAGAAGCAUUCAAAAGCAAUUCUAAGAAGGAUCUGUUGCAAUCAAAGAUUUGAUAUUCAGUAGACUUGAAAAGGGCUUCGUAUCCUUGUCAAAGGAUGUAUUUGGUAAUUAUGUCAUUUAAAAUCUUCUCGAAAAUGGAACUCAAUUACAACAACAAAAAAUGCUUAUAAUUUUAUAGCCCCACACUUAACAACUUGCAUUUCAUUAAUAUGGAUGUAGAGUCUUAUAAAGGCUGUUAUAAAAUUCCCAUAAAACUCCAGAGUUCAAAGUGUUAUUUGAUUCAAUAAAGGGCAAAGUCAGAGAUUUAGUGAUAGAUCAGCAUGGAAAUCACGUUGUGCAAAAACUUAUCUAACUAAUGGAAGGCGAUGUCAGCCUCUGGGUUUUAGAUGGAGUUGAAGGACAAAUAAGCAAGUUGGUUACAAAUUCUUUUGGAUGCAGGAUCAUCUAAAAAGCUAUUUCAAUCUCAAACAAUCAUGCCGAACGUUAGAUGAGUGUUUUACAAGAAAUCAUGAAGAUAUCUCAAGAAUUAUGCACUUCAUAAUAUGGCAAUUAUAUCAUUCAGUAAUUAUUGAAAGAUGGCCCAGAAGUUAUCUAAAUUGAAAUUUAGCAAAUUAUAAUGGAUAAAAUAGAAGAAUACAGCUUGAAUAAGUUUGGGAGUAAUGUUGUUGAUUGUGCAAUCAAAUGUUCAAAUAAUAAAUUCAAAUUAAAAAUUAUGGAGUUACUAUUGAGUCAAAAGAAUCAUCCAGUUUUAUUUGUAAGUCUCUCAAAAAAUGCAUAUGGCAAUUAUGUUGUCUAAAACUUUCUUAAAUUUUCCGAUAGUGAAAUAUAAAAAGAGUUUUAUCUGAAAAUUACAAACAAUUAAUAACUAUUGUAAGAAAUUUAAUAAUCACAAUUUGGUUAAUACGUCUAUUAGAUGUUAACUUAGAAAUUAGAACUUGAAGCUUUUAAAUUAUGA